AUACAAAUAUUAUUAUAAAAGAAGAAAGUAAUUAUCCUCAAAGUUCAUUUAUCAAACUUUUUGAUAAAAAUAGAUCAUUUUAUUAUGAAAUUAUUAAAGAAGGAACAUAUCCACCUUCUAAUCAAUGCUAUUAUACAAAAUACUUCAAAUAUCUAAUUCCUAAUAAUUAUAUUGUUAAAACUCAAUACGCUCGAACUAAUACCAAAAAAUCCAAUAUAAAUAAUAAAAUUUCAAAAAUCUCUGGACCUUUAUUGUUUGGUUUAACAUUACUUAGUGUUAAAAAUAUAUACCAAACUUUGCUUUUUGAUUAUAAUUCAAGAUUUCAUCUUUUUGAAAAUCUUAGUAUUUCAACAAAAUGUCGUAAGGUAUUAAAAAUAGCACAUCAAGUUUUAAAUACAGUUGAAGAAGAAAAAAAAAAUUUUUUUUAUUCUAAUGACAAUAUAAAAAUUAAACGUGUUCAAUUUGAAAUUGGAGAUGAACAAUUUGAUAUAUACUUUGAAAAAUUUGAUGAAAAAAGUAAAAAUGAACGAAAAGAGGCAAUUGUCAAGUUAUUAGAUUGUGCCAAAAUAACAAGAGAAGCAUUUAAUAUUUUGCAACCAAUAGUUUUUGAGGAAAGUGAAGAUACACCAGAUAUUAAUGAUAAGAAUAUUGUUACAAAUAUGUUAGAAUCAAUUGGAAAAGAAGGACAGUGA